ACACUCGCUAUAUAUUGGGUGUGUGAGAGCACGAAGUGUUCGAAUCGAGCUCCUGUCAUUGAUUGCAUGGUCGACGCGUCAACUCAAGCAUCAUGACAACCCAUAUUCCAAGGGCGUUCUACUCGCAGGAGGAGCUCGAUAGGCUAUAUCCCAAAGAGCUAGAAUUGCAACUUGUUCAGAUUCUCCUACGCCAUGGUGAACGGACACCAGUAUCGCCGCGUUUCCAGAAUACUGGAUUGCAGCCAUACUGGCCGUAUUGCAACGCUGCACGGGAGUUGUCAAGCGUCGUCAUGAGCACGAAAGACUUCACACGAUGGGAUCAGCUCAAGUACCGUCGACGAAUCGAGACUUUUGGCAUGGAUGAUGGACCAGUGAUUGCAUCAGGACCAAACAAUGAGUUCGAUACUGUCUGUCACCCAGGAGAGCUUACCGACAAAGGUCGCCAAACUACCCUAGCCUUGGGUGAGCGUCUUCGUCACCUCUACGUCGAUCAGCUUCAGUUCAUGCCAAAGCUUAUUGCUGACAGCGACAUGAUCUACCUGCGGGCCACUCCCAUCCCAAGAGCACUCGAGUCAGUCCAGCAAGCAUUUUGGGGCUUCUACCCACCGUCUGCACGAACAGCUGACUUCCCUCCUCCCACCAUCAUCACUAGAACCCCCGCCGAUGAGACUCUCUUUCCCAACGACGCCAGUUGCAGACGUUUCGGCCAGCUCAGCCGCGCCUUCGCGCAACGAACCGCUGAACGAUGGAAUGACACCGAGGACAUGCAGUAUUUGUCGAAGCUCAUCUCAAAGUACAUGCCUGAUCAAGCUAAAGUAGCCGUUGACUCUCGACCAAGACUCUCCGGAAUCAUGGACACCAUCAACGCAACAGACGCUCACGGUCCAGAAACCAGGCUUCCUAAGGACUUCUACGACCCCAAAGCCCGCGCCAUCAUUGACAAAAUCGCCGUGGAAGAGUGGUUCAAGGGCUAUACCGAAUCAGCUGAAUACCGCAUGCUCGGCAUUGGCGCUCUCCUAGGCGACAUCACAUCGCGUAUGACCGGCAGCGUCGAGAAGAACGGACGUGACGGGCUCCUCGAAGUUGGCGGCAGCGACGGCAGACUGGGUCGCGGCCGCGGCGGCGAAACAAACACCAAGCUCGCUCUCUCAGGCUGUCAUGACACCACACUCGCUGCAGCCCUGACCUCUCUCGGUGCGUUUGAAAGUGAGAAGUGGCCACCGUUCACAAGCCACAUCGCCUUUGAGCUCUUCAAAGCGAAGAAUGUGACAACGCCAUCGAGACCCACAACGCCGACAUUAAACCAAAACGCACCGCCAAAGGCCCAGAGCUGGUGGUCCUCCCUCUUCGGCCACACGAACCCCACAACUCUCUCUAACGCUCCUCAGCCCGAAGGCAUCGCACGCAAGCCGCUCUCCGAACUUUCCUCUACACAGCGCGAGGAACUUCAGGACUACUACGUCCGCGUGCGGUAUAAUGACAAAAUCAUGCAGAUCCCGGCAUGCAAAGCCGAGGGCAAGCAUCUCGAAGGCGACACCACAUUCUGCACGCUUGAGACGUUCAAGGGCGUGGUGGAUAAGAUCACUCCCAAGGACUGGAAGGUAGCCUGUAGUUCGCGACUGGACGCUUCUGCGUUCCCGGACAAGGUAGAGGUUGCUGGAUAUGAGUAAGCUGCUUUCAGCCUGAUCGCUAGAGUAAAAG